CACAUCCACCACCAUCACCACAUCAACUGCUGCUGCUGCUGGCACAGAAAGACACGCUCAGGAGCCAUGCUGCUAAAUCGGCCACAGCUCUCCAAGGUCUUUGGCUGGUUCGUGGGCUACGGGAUUUGCUUCCUGCUGGUGCAGACGGCGAGGGACAUCAAGAUGUACGAGCGAGCGCAGUCCACCAGCUACCCCCACGGCCACCUCGACACAGACGAAGAGCCACUUCCCAUGGUCAUGAACCUGGAUUCUGACGUUCUGAGCCAUCAAGGCAUGGACAACUCAACGGCAGUAGCACUGCUCAAGAAAGUGAGGGUGCUGUGCUGGAUCGUCACGCACCCGAAGAAUGUCCAGGCCAAAGCUCGCCACGUCAAGGCCACCUGGGCCAAGCGCUGUGACCGCGUCCUCUUCAUGAGCUCGGAGGAGGACAAGGAGCUUGGGGCCAUCGGGCUCGGCACGGGGGAAGGCCGCGACAAGCUCUACUGGAAGACCAUCAAGGCGCUGUACUACAUAAAUGAGAACCACCUCGACGAUGCCGACUGGUUCCUCAAGGCCGACGACGACACCUACGUCAUCAUGGAGAACCUCAAGCUGCUGCUGGUGAGCUACUCCCCGUCGGAGCCCAUCUUCUUUGGGCGCAAGUUCAAGUACUUCGUGAAGCAGGGCUACAUGAGCGGGGGCGGCGGCUAUGCGAUGAGCAGGGAGGCCGUGCGCAAGUUCGUGGAGGCCUUCGAGACGGGCAAGUGCACGCACACCUCCACCAUCGAGGACGUGGAGGUGGCCAAGUGCCUCGAAAAGGUUGGCGUAGUGGCCGGAGAGUCCCUGGACAUGCACCGAAGGGAGACCUUCCACGGGGUGUUUCCCGAGGAGCUGCUGACCAAGAAACACGAGCAAAAAAACUUCUGGUACAGAGACUAUUCCUACCACCCCCUCGAGCUGGGUCCCCGGUGCUGUUCGGACUACUCGGCCACGUUCCACUACAUGUCUCCCACGUGGAUGUACACCUUCGAGUACUUCGCCUACCACCUGCGCCCCUAUGGAUACAGCCACCGUGUGCUGCCCAUCAACCGGACAGCCCAAUCGGUGCUCUUUGGCCGAAAUUCAGACUCCUCUUCUUCCCAGCUGAAGAGCCUACCAGUGGAUUCCAAGCUACGAUAGCUGCAAGCAAUGUUACAUCUAUACGCACAUAUAUAUAAAGAACUUUGUUUCAGACCCAUUGUUUAAUUUCCCCCCUUAAUUCAAUACGGAGAAUUGUUCGUGAGCUUGUAGCCAUUCUUCAAUUCAUCACUGUAAUUUUAUUCUCACGCCCUUGAUACACGCAUUGGAUUAAUGCAUGUAAACAUUAGGUAUUUGAACAUUGUGUGACUUGCCUGUGAAGAUUUUUAACCGCAGGCUAAUGAAGAAUGAAUAAGACUGAGCACGACAAAACAAGUGAGAAAAUGAGAGGAUGAAAAUGAGACGUGAAAACAAGGCAGACAGAAUAUGAUGCUUAAAUAUAAAUGACACCAAAAUCAUGGCAAGAUGAUCAACUCAACCUGCAAGGAGAAGAGAAUGAGAACCAUCUUUUGGAUAAUUGUUUACAAUUGUGUAUUUAUUUAUUUUGGUGGGCCGUGGUGCCAUGGCAGAGUGGCCGCUGUCUCAUUCGGAGAGUCUUGAGGUUAAGUCAGAGAUGGUGGUCAACUCGGCCCAUCAUUGUCUCCCUCGCCUGGUAUGAAGGAUGUUGUGGGUUCGUUCACGACCCUGACGUCUGCUGCUGUAUAUUUGGAGUUUGCAUGUCUCUCUCCCCGUGGUCACGUGGAUUUUUUUCUCUGGGUCCUCCGGUUUUUCCCUCCAUAUUUUUGAAACGUUCAUUUAGAUUACAGGUGUCCCUCCAUUUACAAAAGACACAUAAAACGAUAUUUCGUAAAUCGGAUUGGCUUUUCCCAUGAGUUUAAAACAAAAAAUAAACAUACAUAUUAAGAUGAUUAAAUAAGACGUUGAAUUUUUUAAAAAUCUUUUGUUAGGGAACUCGCCAAAAGCUCUGCAUAUUGGAAGGCCUGGAAACGUGAUGUGGAGUUGCGACUGUUGCACUUAAGAGGGUUCUGUGACGUCACGGACGGUUGAUGCAGCCUCCCACGUGCUUAUUGUUUCAUGGUCUCGUGGCAUGUGAAAUUUCAUUGCCGCGGAAAUUCGAUUUUGCUCAUAAUUUGUCAAUUGCGUUCAUGCUAAAUUUCGUAAACCGAACGUUUGUAAACCGAGGAAUACCGCAUUUGGCUGCUGCUAUAAACUUCCACUCAAUAAGCCACUUCGUUAAGCUAUCAAUUGUGGCUGGGCUUGCUUCUGAAAAAGAGCUGUAUAGCUCAGUGGGCUUCACCUGAUACAAUAAAUAGUUUAGUUUAUCACUCCAGCGGUCGUUAAAAAGAGCACCACUUUUGUGGGGUUUAGACAAUCAUCGUCCUGUGGAGGGGCUCUGGCCCACCAUAAAAAUGUGGAAUUUAUAUCACUGGCUUGGGCUGUACAUGGACACUCACUACUGUGUGUGGAUAAUUGUUUACGAAUGAGAUGGUUAAGCCAGAUAAUUGCGUCAGGAAUGGCGUGUUAGCUCUUUUCAUGGAUUUUCAUUGACGUUUUCAUUAAAUUUUCACCUAUGGCAAAAUCCCCCGAAAUGCACUUAAUUUCGUCAAACCGUAGAAGCUAAGCGGAAUAGAGUCUGGCUCGUGCUUGGAUGGGUGAUAACCAUGCACAAGCCGGAUGCCACAGGCAGCAACGAGUCUGUGCUACAUGGUGGUCAGCAGAGGGCAGUGCAUCAUUCUCCAUUGCUGACCUGUGGUGAUAUCAGAGGUCGCAACCGGGUACCCGAUACCCGUACCCUACCCGAUACCUGGCUACCCGUACCCGGCCGCACCAGGGUCGCAAACGGGUACCCGUACCCGGCCGGGUACGGGUAGGCCGUGAGUCACUGGUGAGUAACCGUUUGUCACUCAUUUCCCAACGUCUUGUCUCUUCUCACAAUUCAAGUUCCUAGAAUCAACCCACCCGCGCCUGAAACAUGGCUUCAUCCCAGAGGUCGCAAUCAGGUACCCGAUACCCGUACCC